AUGGCACCCAUAUUCGAAUCGAAUUUCUCCAUUCGCAAUAUUAUUGGAGAUACCAGCGCAAAUAUUCAAGAAAAUGUGCACGGCAUGAAUAACGCACCGCUGACACCGCCACGCUCCGACGGAUCAGCCUCACCAGAUAGCAGUGGAUCCGAGGACAGCGAGGAGAGACCGGGUUUCACCUUUAGCGCGAUGGUGGCCAUGGCAAUCCGUAGUAGUCCGGAAAAGCGUUUGCCAUUGAGUGCAAUCCAAGACUGGAUUUCGGACCACUUUCCUUACUACCGACGAGACCAACACGGCUGGCAGAGUCAAGUGCGUCACACUCUAAGUACCAACUCAUGCUUCGUUAAAGUGCCUCGACCUUUAGAUGACCCCGGUCGUGGAAACUAUUGGGCCAUGAAUCCAGCUAUUGAAGAUGUUAAUGUUAACGCUUCAACUGGCCGACUCGUAUUCAACUCCAACGUGGCUCAUUUAACUGGCAAUACAUAUGGACAUCCACUGAACCAAGUUAUUACCCAUGGCGUUCCCAUGAACCAUCCGCAAGCGCCCAACGCAGUUUACUUCCCCACUCCCGAGGAACUUGGUAGAGCGCAACAGGCGAUGAUGAUGCAGGCCAUGCAGGAGCAACAAAUGUGGUUCCUCUAUCACCAGCAACAACAACAGCUCAUACAGCAGGAACUGAUUGAGAUGCAGCAACAGAAGUUCCAACACCAAUACAUCCAACUGCAACAAAAGAUGCUGUUCCAUCAACAACAAUGCGAAUUCAUGACGGCCAAACAGUUGCCGAUGUGA